AUGUUUCCUUUAAUUAUCUUGUUCUUGCUCUGCUUUUCCAGAUUUUGUCAAGGUUUGCUCUUUUUUUUUAACAAGCUUUAAAGCGAAAAUUAAGCUUUUUUUAAAAUGAUAAUUUUGAUCUUUUCCAAUCAAACUUUAUGAUUCAAAUAUAUUUUGUAAGCUAAACUGAAAAAUUUCUUUUUGAGUGAGGUUCUCAAAAAGAAUGAAGCUCAACCGGUUCAAAUCUUGCUCCAUUUGUUCAAAAAUUAUGAAAGUGAGCCUCUUUUAAAGAAAAUUUAACGAUUUAUGUACAAUUAUUUGAAGAACUAGUAAAACAAUUUUUAACGACUUGUAACUUGGAAUCUGAAAUACUCUUCAUAUGGUCAGCUUGAGAUAAAGCCCAAUUGUUUUCGCACAACUUCUCGCUCUUAUUUUUUAAAAUUAACUUGGUCCUAAGCCAACGGCAUCAAACUUGUAGUUGAAACAUGGUUUUUAUUUACCAGGCAACACUGAAAUUCCAGUUUCGCCGACCGAAAUCACGGACAACUUUUUGGAGAGCGUUUUGAGGGCACGAAACCGAUCAGACUUCACUGUUGAAGCACCUUCGGAUGAUACAGAAAACCUCCGGCAAACCUUCCACCACACGAGUAUACCGAAACUCCGGGCUGGAAUGCAAUCUCUCAGGCAAAAAUGGGCGAGAAGACUUCAGGCGAUGCCGCCCCACAAACUCCAAGAACUCACAAAUAACGAGAAGGUAUCAUUGUCGAGGGAGGUCUUUCUAGUAGAUAAUUUGAAGUUUUCUGAAAGUUUGCUCGAACGAUCCUUGAAGGUCUAGAAAAAGGUCUAUCAUAGCUCUCGCGAAUUUUGAUUUUUUAGAAACAUCAUAACUUCACAUUAAAAUGAUCUUGUGGAUGGAUGGAUGACUCAAAAUGAAAUCUAGCAUAUUGGCUACCUUAUAAAAUUGUAAAUGGACCAUCUAAAAAUGCCCUUUUGAAAAAUAAUUAUUUUUUUGCCGAUUGAGAGUAUCAAUUCAGAAACUACGUCCGAAGCUUCGAGCGCGGGUUCAGAACCACGCUGGAACUCUUCCAGAAGUCAACCGGGCGGCUGGUCUGAACGAGUUACUUUAUCAAGGAGACAUGGUCCUCACAGAGUAUUGAUUAUACUUUAUUCUUGAAAUUUCUUUCAUUUCAAGAAGCCAACUUCAAAUCAUAACCGAAGCUCAAGACGAAGAUACGGCUCGGGAGAAAAGACAAGCCUACAGGUUUAUCGAUUUUAUCGAAAACACAAAAAUCGAUCGUUUCCAAAAUUUCAACAUAUUAAAACGAUUUGAAGGGAUCGCUACUACCCAUCUACCACCUGGGGAUCCACGGCUUACUACUAUUUCGAUUCGUCGGCCAGUUAGUUUUUUUUUCAGCGUGUCUAUCAAAAAGUUAUUGUACUUUUUCACAUAACAGUAAGCCUAUUCAAAAAAAAGACAAGAAAAUGAUCCUAGAGCUUUUUCGAAUAUUCAACCUCUUUCUUUGCUUUUUGAAUGCACUAUUUCUGAUAAAAUGAGAUCAGACUUCAACUUUCCAUCUUUUCGAGACCUCAUUAACGCCAUGUUUCGGUUUCAUCUCAACUUUUCACUGGAAUCCGAAAUUUACAGCUCCGAAAGUGAGAGCCGCCUUCAAGGCAGCCGUUUCAUUUUGGCAGAAUAAUACUUGUAUCAACAUCAUUGAAAGCCCCACAGGUUUCUAUAUCCUCCAUUUUUCUCAAUUCAGUCCUUCUAAUUCUAGCAAUCAACAGAAUACGAGUUUUCAAAGGCCAAGGAUGUUAUUCGUACGUCGGACGGAUCACAGGCGUCCAGGAUUUAUCCCUAGGACCUGGUUGUGAAGAAGUUGGUCCGAAGUACGUUCUCCUAACAACGUUUGUCUAGUUUGGAACUGCGGCUCACGAACUGGGACAUGCUCUCGGAUUUUUCCACACACAGUCCCGCUACGACCGGGAUCAAUACCUUUCCAUUAAUUUGAACAAUAUUGAGGUUUUUUUUCCUUUUCCUGCAUUUUAAGUUUCUUUUUUUUAAUCAGUUAUUAUGAAUCUUUUUGGAAACUUUUUAGGCCAGUUAUAUUGAACAAUUCGAUAAGGAGACAUCCUCGACCAACUACAACUAUGGAAUGCCCUAUGACUACGGAUCUAUCAUGCAAUAUGGAGCGACCAGGUGAAUUUUCGAGGAUCUUCUCCGAUGUUGACCUCUCUUUCAUUAAGAACAGCCUAGCCCAGCGGUCAACGUUUUAAUCUCGAAAAUUCACUAUGAAAGUUUGGAUUCUUUAUCUACAAAGUUUAUUUUGCCAUUUUCGAAACGAAAGAUCCGUUGACGAAAAACCCGCUCUUGAGUAUUCAAUGACCUGUUCCGUUUUUUGCAUUUCAUAAUUUGAAAGAAGUUUGGCUGAAAAUCAAACGGAGAAACUUACAAGGGGACGUUUUUCGUCCCCCGUUGAACUUUUGAUGAAACUUGUCUGAAUUUAUUCUAGGACUUUCUGAUUCCAGAACAAGAAAAACAUUUCUUGCAAUAAAUUUUUGUUUUAAAGUAAUGAGUCUUCAACACUCGUAAAUUACAAAGACACUGGAAAAAGCUUUACUCGAAAGGUUUGAAGCUUCAUAACUCGGAAACAAAAUCUAUUGCGAGAUAUUUUUUCCUUGUUUUACCAAGAGGCCCUUUUUAGCCAAGUUUCAUCAAAAGUUCAACUUUUGAUGAAUAAAAAAGAGAACCAAAAACCUUGUUAGAAAAGAAAAACUAAAAAAUUUAAAUAUUUUCAGCGCAUCCUUCAACGAAAAACCUACGAUGGUUGCCAAGGACACGGAAUAUCAGGAUACGAUGGGCUCGGACGUCGUCUCAUUCUACGACGUUUCUAUGAUGAACGAACAUUACAAGUGCAAAGGUUGGAUUCAUUAUCACUGCGAAAAGACUCAUUCUUUCUGAAAAUUUGAGAAAAGAAGAGAAUACAGUUUUCUGUAAGUUUUUCCAGCUCUCAUUAGUUAACUAGUUACCAACUGGCAGCCUGUUUGCAGAAUUUGUGUCCUGGGCUUAAUUCCCACCGGAGGAGAAUUUUUUCUUGAAGAAAGAUUAACAUCUUACCAUUUUUAGUAGAAAAUAUGAAGAUGAGUCACUGCGGCUCUCGUCAGAUCGGAAAUGGCAACCAAGAGUACAUAGGCAAAGUCGGAAGGACCUUUCGAGGGUCCAUAAAGGUCCAUAGAAAUGUUCCUUUCAGGGUGGUGAAGGCUCCUUUUUUUGCUGCCUUUUUGCUCCAUUUUCUCAGCCCUUAUGCACCAUUUUUGCUGCCUCUCCCUUUGUCCACCAUUUCUCGAGCCUUUAAAAUUCCAGAAAAAUGGAAGGCUCGAUAAAGGGAGUCUCUUUGUUGCCUUUCGCUGCCUUUUUGCUGGCGUUCUGCGGCCUUUUUUGAGCCUCUCCCGUUUAGCGGCCAUUAUCCACCAUUCCGACUUUGCCCGAGGUAGUGACUAGGGACCUGUAUUGGGAAAGUUGCAACCUAGGUUCUUUACCUACCGGAGAGAACAUUUCUUUUGCCAUUUUUUCUUUUAAAUAUCUCGCCUUUCCCAUUUUCAGUCGUUUCGACUUUUUCUCGUCGAUUUACAGAGCUAUGCCCUCCGUUAACGUCGGCCAAAUGCGCCAACGGAGGCUUCCCAAACGCCCGAGACUGUAGCACUUGCAUCUGUCCUUCUGGCUACGGCGGUCUCCUCUGCGACAGCCGGGUAUAGCCGAACUUUGCUACUUCUAAAAGAACAUCGAUGAGUUCCUAGCCUUCCGGCUGCGGCUCUACCUUGGCCGCCGGCAGCUCUUGGCAGUCCUUCACGGACAAAGUCGGGGAAGGCGGCUCCAAAUUGAGAGAUCUUCACAGCUCCUGCAACUACUGGAUUCAAGUAAGUCCCGAUUCGAGCUGUCUUUCUGAUCAGAAGAUUUCAUGGACCUCCAAACACCGUACUGGAAGUGAGGAUAAGUGACCUGAACUCCUUGCCGAUCGACGGCUGCAUUUUCGGUGGAAUCGAAAUCAAGACUCAUGCCGAUCAGAAGCUGACUGGAUACCGGUCAUUUGUCUUGAUCUCAGUCCUAAAACUCGACGAACUCGUUCAGAUAUUGCUCAACGGCAGACAAAGGCACAGUUUUACGAUCUUCGUCGAAUUUGGUACCUGUAAUUACCUACAACCGGUAUAUGUAUACAACAACUACGUUGCAGUAUCGAGCGAGUUGGUUUCUUUCAUUUUUGAGAUGAAUGAAACGUUCGCGAAUAACUUUUCUGAUCGAAUAUAAGUUCUUAGAUUCGUAGAAACUUGAAAAGUUGAACUCAGUAAUAAAAUUAUUCUAACUCAAUUGAAUAAAUGUCAUUAGGCUCCCUACAAGAGAGGUAGUUAUACUCGAAAUUUUACAAUUUUUUUCAAAAUUUGAUUGAUAUAUUCUUUGAACUGAAUAAAGAAUGAGAUGAAGAUCCUGAAAGCCUUAACUUUAAAAAAAAUUUUAAUUUUUUUCAGAAAGGGCUUCUCAAGUUUUUCAAAUAUCCAUUAGGUCCAAAUUUGAGACAUUUUGCUCGAAAAUUUUGACUGUGACUCAUUCUUUAUUCAGUGUAAAAAGAAGUAGUUUCAGCCGAUUUUCAGAAAAUCCCUGGAUUUAGAAAAAAUGGACUUACGAAUUAUUCUCACAAUUUCAGCCAAUUAUGACUUUAAAGAAAAAAAGAUGUUUUUAAAGUUUCCGCGAAUGAUUCAAUGACUAGAACGGUUCUACCAGCGCCACCAUGCCAAGAUUUGCAUCCAAAGUCAGUUAUUUUCAUUUUCUUCAAGUUUCAAUCCCAUUUCAGCUGUCCAGCCUUUGUUCUGAACGGUUUCUGCUUCAGUCCCUUCUAUUCUCCGAACGCAAGACGCUACUACUGCACAAAGUCCUGUAAUCUAUGCUGA